CAGGUCCCGGGACCGAGGCUUGAACAGCGACCAUGAGUUACAUCAAUCUGCCCACCGUGCUGCCCGGCUCCCCCAGCAAGACCCGGGGGCAGAUCCAGGUGAUCCUCGGGCCCAUGUUCUCAGGAAAAAGCACCGAGCUAAUGAGAAGGGUCCGGCGCUUCCAGAUCGCCCAGAACAAAUGCCUGGUCGUCAAGUAUGCCAAAGACACGCGUUAUAGCAGCAGCUUCUCCACACACGACCGGAACACCAUGGAUGCACUGCCGGCCUGCCUGCUGCGGGAUGUAAUCCAGGAGGCCCUGAGUGUGGCUGUCAUUGGCAUCGAUGAAGGGCAGUUUUUCCCUGACAUCGUGGAAUUCUGUGAAAUGAUGGCCAAUGCAGGCAAGACAGUGAUCGUGGCAGCAUUAGACGGAACCUUCCAGAGAAAGGCUUUCGGCAGCAUCUUGAACCUGGUGCCGCUGGCUGAGAGCGUGGUGAAGCUGACCGCAGUGUGCAUGGAGUGCUUCCGAGAAGCGGCCUACACUAAGAGGCUGGGCCAGGAGAAGGAGGUGGAGGUGAUAGGUGGAGCCGACAAGUACCACUCCGUGUGCCGCCUUUGCUACUUUAAGAAGUCCUCUGUCCAGCCUGCUGGGCCAGACAACAAAGAGAACUGUCCGGUGCUGGGCCAGCCUGGAGAGGCCUCAGCUGUCAGGAAGCUCUUUGCCCCUCAGCAAGUCCUACAGCACAACUCUACCAACUGAGAGGACCUGGGGCCUGCCAGCUCCUAUCCAAGCUGGACUCUCAGAGAACGGAGGAGAGGCUGGAACUGCCGUGCCUAAUGGACACUGUGCCCUGGACAGGCUCAUCUGCUUGUCACAGCCUUUUUUAGUUCCCUUGGUUGCAGAGAUGCUUCAGCCCAGACUGGAGCCAGCACUUGUCUGGUGGUUAAGGUUUGACAUCCAGCCAGAGGUGAGGACAGAGCCACAUGGUGUUGUGACAUUGUUGGUGCUGACUUCUUCCUCCUUGGUGGCUUUUGCUGCUGGGUUUCAGUCUCACAGAGCCCCGCCCCUUACUGAGGCUCUAGCCCUCACAGCCCUCCCUUUGUGCGGAAGCCUGACCUACACUCCCACAAUGUGCUCCCGCCCCCUGGGCCAAUCUUUACACAGUGGCACUAGGGCUUGCCCUGCUGAGCCCCAGCCCUGUGACUCAAGACUCUUAGUGAGAGCCUGCUUCUUGUGCGAUAGUGUAAACAAUAUUAAAGUUUGCUACUUGAGAGCGUAUUUCUCUUUAACCUGGGUUUCCCCAAAUCUUGCAGCCAGAGUCCACAUGACCUGGGGGGGCAGGGAUUUCUUCCCUCUUUUGUAAUGGUCUCUCCACCACAGCCCAAGGGGAGCAGUUACCCACCUUCCUGUCUGGUGGGUUUCAGGACAAAAAUGGAAAAGCAGGGAGAGCCGAGGGGAUGGUGUCUCUAGCUGGCACUGGGAGGUCAGGUUUUGUAACAGACACUUGAUAAUUUGGGUUGAGAAAACAGCUCAUGUGCCUUGGAAAGUGGGCUGUGACAACUCUCUUGAAAGCCAAGGACCUGCGUCUAAGACAUGUCGGUGUGUCCCUGGCACUGUGCCCAGCCUCAGGACAUGCUCGAGAGGGAAGACCUCCUGCUCCGAGCCUGGGUAUAUAUAGCACCUUGUUAGUUUGUUUAUACUUCAGAUUUGGAAACUGUCAGAACCCGCUAUUGAUGGCCUCAUCAUUGCACAAAAGAGCUGCCUCGGGCAUGCUACUUCCUGAUAGAGAUGGCUCCACUCCAUGCCAUGUCCCAGGGAGGCAUCAAGAGGGACCAGACUCGACCUCCCCUACUGUGCCCUUCACUUCUAAUGGCAAAUGUCUGCUCUGGAGGAGGCACUGAGAGGGGCAGCCCCCUAAGGCCUGCUCUAGGAUGCUACCUGGGCUAGCUAUUCAGGACAACUCAUCUUUACAAGCUGACACAGUAGCUAUUUUAAGAUGCAGUAGAAGGCAGUUGGAAGAAUGAGACCCCAUUAGGGGGAGCUGCCACCCCAUGUUCAAAGUACACGUUCUUCUGGACAUGACGGUUUACAGCUUUAUUCCCAACACUCAGGAGGCAGAGCCAGGUGGAUCUCUGAGUUCCAGGACAGCCAGAUCGACACAGUGAGACGCUGUCUCCAAAAAAAAAAAAAAAAAAAAAAGUUCUAGAGCCAGGAGGAGGCAGGAGGAUUGCCUUAAGUUGGAAGCUUGCCCGGGUUACAUAGUGAGAGACUCUGGUCUAGCCAAGCAUGGCAGCACAGGUCUGUGCUUCAGAGUCUGGGGUAAGUUUUGAGGCCAGCCUGGGCUAUCUAGAUACUAUCUUUGAAAAGCUGGGGUGUAGCUCAGUUGCCUAACAUGAAGUCCAGGGUUUAAACCAAG